AGAGAUCGAGUCAAAAGAAGAUAAUGAUAAUUUCUGUCAAAUUAGAAAGAUCAACCUAACCAAACGAAACUCCUUUCUCUCUGUUUUCUGAGAGGAAAAACCAAAAAGAGAGCGGUUUCAGAACGUCAAUGUCUCUGCCCUUCUGCAGCUCCUGGUUUUUGCAAUUUACUCUUCCUUCACUUUGAAAUAUUGGGUUUAUCUAGGAAACCCCGGGGUUGUUAUUUUCCUGGAAAGCCUUUUUUUUUUUUUCCUUCAGAUUCUGAGAAAACAAACAGCCAAAGCUGUUUGUCUCUGCGUUAGAUUGUUGUUUUAUUUUUUUGUUUGUAUUGUAAUCCACUUGCUCAUCGUUAUCAUCCCAAAACAGGGGAAAAAAAAAAUAAAAAAGAAGGAAAGCCGGUGAAGUUUUCAUCGGAAUUUACUGUUCGGAGCCGGAAGUUUGGUCGUCUUUUUUCAUAGAAAAAGAGUUACGCGAAGAGCGUUUUGUUUAUAUAUGAAUAACAGAAAUCCAGUUUCUGGGUGUUUGUUAGAAUCUGGGUUUUUGUUCUGAAUCACGCCGGAAAUCGGGAAUUGGGUACUGCCGUUGAGAUUCCCCGGCGAUGGCGAUGAAACCUGUGUCACUAGAUCACUGGCGGGACUAUUUCCGGACGGCAAACUCGGACAUUUUCGAUAUAAUCGAUCAUGCGAUCCUGGUGGCAGCUCUGGAUUGCCCCAAGGAGUUCAGAUUGAGGAGAGAUCGAAUAGCUGAGAAGCUCUUCACUUGCAGAUUGAGGCGGUGCUCCGGCUGCGACCGAGUGGAGUUGGCGGUGCCGGAAUAUGAUGAUGAUAACGACAGAGGUUGUAAGAGUGGGUUUGACGGAGAAGAUGAUCAGGGAUGCGAGUUUGAGGUCGGUGGUAGCAAAGAAAGCAAGGUUAAUAGCUGUAGAGAUGAUCAUCUAGAGAUGAACAUGAAUCAGAUUGCUAGUAAUUAUAGCUAUCUGAUUGCUGAGGCAUUGACUGAUGAGAUUGAGGAGGAAUCCCAGAUUACUGAGGAGGUUUUGAGGAUCAAGGAGAUUCUUGAGAACAGUCAAGAUGAGACUGAUUCAGUGUUGUUUGAAUCCUUAACGAGGCUUCAAUUGAUGGAUUUAACUGUAGAUACUCUUAAGGCAACUGGAAUUGGGAAGGCUGUUAAUAGUAUUAGAAAACAUGGAUCAAACCAGAUUCGGCUUCUAGCGCAGACUCUGAUAACUGUGUGGAAGGAAUUAGUGGAUGAGUGGGUUAAUGCUACAAAGGCCAUUGCAGAAGGUACUCCAGAGUCGGUAAAUCCAUCUGUUGUUGAAGAAGAAGAAGAAGAAGAAGAAGAAGAAGAAGGGCUUCCAUCUCCGCCAUUGGAUGAAGGGGUUUUCUUUGCUACUCAACCCACAUUAAUAGAGUUUGAACAGUUUUUUGAUUGCAUGGAUGAUGAUGGAAAUCCUCAAAACAGUGGGGAAUUCAUCAAGAACCGAGAUGAUGCUAGAAGACCGUCAAAAAAAAACCAAAAUGUUAUGAAGCGGAAACAGCAAACUCCUAAACAGUCAAAUAUGGUAGCUAGAGAGAACAGAAUUCAACAAACGAAAAAACAAGAAACCAUUCUGAAGUCUAAUAACAAGCCCUUAAAUGCUGAUUUGAGGCCUGGGAAACCUCCAACACAAAGUGCAGAGAAAAGGACCAUGAAGGAAUCAAAGUUGCAGCAAAAAUCAGAUAAGAUGGCCGUCCAAAAGAAGCCUCUCUCUGGUCAACAAGAAAAAUUAAAGUGUUCGGAUGAAGUUGCUGUCCAAAGGAAGCUGGAAGCCACAAAAAGGAAACUUCAAGAACGUUAUCAGCAGGCUGAGAAUGCUAAGAAGCAGCGGACAAUUCAGGUCAUGGACUUGCAUGAUCUCCCUAAGCAGGGCCUCGGUCACAAAAAUUCACACAUGAGACAUGCGAACUAUAACCGGUAUUGGGCAAAUGGAAGAAGAUAGUUCACUUGUUUCUGUAGGGUCGAUGUAGAUAGGCUUCCAAGUUUCUUCUAUUUUCAAAUGUUAGCAGAAGCAACUCUUGGUGCGACUGACCCUGCAUAAGAGAUCAACAAUAAAACUUGUGCAAAGAGAUCAGUGCCACAUAAGGCGAUGCUCAGGAACACGUUGAAACAUCCUUUGCAAUGUUUUUCUUACAUUUUGAACACUGAUUAUAGGGACCUUAUUUUUUUUUCCCCUUGGAGUUGGAGAAAAAUUGAUAGGAGAAUGGGUGUAUACUACAAUGGGGACUGAGAAUUUUUACUUCAUGCUCAGAUAAAUAACCACAAAGAAGCUAUUUUUGAUCCGUUCAUUUGAUUGCCAUUGAAUUCAUUUCCUUUUCAGAAAUUUUCAGUAUAGUAAAAUAAUAUGUUAGUC